AAAACACAAAAGAGCGGCGAUAGCAGCAGCAGCCGUGCGCGGCAUGAUGGAAUCGCGCGCCGCUGUUAGCAGGAAAAACAAAGGUCGCGCAAAUCAUUCAGACCUAGCAGGGAGCUAGCGCAGAGCAAACAUGUCCACCGAAGUCUCCACGAAGACUCUGAACAUACUCAUCGGCUGCACGGGCAGCGUGGCAUCCAUCAAGAUACCCGUGCUAGUCCAACAGCUACUGCACCAGAGGUUCCAGGGGUACGCCGCCGUGGACCUGAAGGUAGUAGCGACGAGUAAAGCGCUUCACUUCUUCGAACGUUUAAUGAUUCCGCGCUCGGUGCCGCUGCUCGUCGACGAUGACGAGUGGACCACUUGGCGGAAGAUGUCCGAUCCGGUGCUUCACAUAGAGCUCAGGCGCUGGGCCGACGUUAUGGUGAUCGCUCCGCUGGACGCCAACACCAUGGCCAAGAUAGCGAACGGGUUGUGCGACAAUCUGCUUACCUGCGUCGUCAGGGCCUGGGACAUGCAGAAGCCGCUGCUCUUUUGCCCGGCCAUGAACACUCACAUGUGGUGCCACCCGAUAACGGUGAAGCACAUGGCAAUUCUGAAGGACCUCGGCUACACCGAGGUGCCGUGCAUUGAGAAGAGACUCGCUUGCGCGGACCGCGGCUACGGAGCCAUGGCCGAGGUGCCCACGAUAGUGAGCUACGUCGUAGCAGCCGCCCUAGAGAAGGCUCAGCAGUAAUUAUAGUCUCCCACCCCAGCUACUCAACCGCAGCAGCCGCGGCACCUUUUUUCCUUGAACCCCUACAUGUUAAGUUUGAAUGACUGCCAUUGUUACUCCGGAAAUACACGCACCAAUCCGUUAUCGUACUGCACUCGAGCACUUGUUUCUGAGGUUGUGAUAUUGCAGGCAGUGCAGCUACGAAGUGACACUGCAGUUUACUGCUGUUUUUUUACCUGCGUGAUGCACAUGUGCAGUGAAAAUAAAAGCUUGCACAGCGUGA